AUGGCCGGUCCUACUGAAGAAGACAUUGCGUGGUUCCGGUCUACGUUCCGACCGAUUCCUAAACCUCAGCUCCCCGAUGACUGUGUGGAGUACUCGCUGUACUGGAUUCCGGUGACCAGCACUCCCGCAGGAGAUGUGGACUCAACAGAUUCAACCCGAAAUUUUCUGGUUGAAGUGCAGAAGUACGCGUCGGGAUUAGUGAAACAGUAUUUGCAGAACUACAUAUGGCAGAGAGAUAAUUUUAAGCUGGAACUUACAAAGGAGGAUGGCAUACAUUUACUUCGCGGAAGAACCGAAUAUGGAGAUUCAAUCGAAGAUGAAUGGGUCAUUGUAUAUCUCCUUCGCGAGGUUUCACGAAAGUUUGAUGACAUCUGGGUGAAGGUAACAGAUAGUGAUGGUGAAUUUUUACUAGUAGAGGCCGCGGCAGCAUUACCUGCUUGGUUAGAGCCUGAAAUAGCAGAUAACCGGGUCUGGAUCAACAAGGGAGAACUAGUCAUCAUUAAGCCUGGAGCGCCCACAACUGCUAUGGAAAAAAAGAAAGGCAAUGUUGAGAAGCUGACUUUCCGCAACGCGAGGGACAUCGUCACCACUGAGCCCAAACGGUUGAUGCGGUCACCCACAAUUGAGGAAGAGGCCUUUUAUAGACUCCGGAACUACCCAAAUCAAAUUGAGAAUAACCUGCAUUCCUCUCUGGUUACCAUUCCGCGAAAGAUCGCGCAUUUACUACGGACUAGGCCGGGGUAUAUAUCUUCGGCUAUAGAAGCCUUUUAUCUCCGGGACCCUAUUUCACUUCGGCCGUUACAGGGCAAAGAUUCAAAUAAUUUAGUAUUUGAACCUACAGAUUUUGUCACAGUCAGUGUCAAGUUCACAAAGGUUGGGUUUGCCCAGUUGAAAAGUCAGGAUUUUCCAGCACCAGCAAAAUGGAAGGGACGUGUUCCCACAACCAAAAACUCAAAGGAUUCUGAGCGUGCCGAUAUGGGAAUGAAACUGGCUUGCGGCUUUGAAAUGCUCUUAUCUGACCCCCAGAACCGUGAUAAACAAUAUGUGCGGGAAAUGAAACUUAUUCUCGAAGAUGUUGACACAGGGGAAGAGGCCCUUCCUACGGAUACGGAAAUAAAAACUUGGGAUAUGGUAGAUGAUGAUGAAUCGUGGCUUGACAUUGGCUUCGAAGACCUUGAAAGUGAGCUAAAAGGAAGAGGUAGUGGGGAAAAGGCGAAAAGGGGUGGUGACUUCGGUGACAAAGCUGCACAAGAAAAUUUGCAAAGAAUAGUCUCAAAGUUUGAGGAAUUUCUAAAUGAUGAUACCGCCGGUUACGAUGGAGCAGGGCUUAUUAACGAAUUCGGAUCAGAUGACAGUGAGGGUGACACUGACGAGGAGUUCAGCAGCGACGGUGAGGAUAAGGAGGCUUCAUUUGAUGAGGAGGAAUUUUCAAGAAUGAUGAAGGAGAUGAUGGGCAUGCCAACUGCCUCGAACAAGGGGUCCUCAUUCAGGCCCAAACGCAUCCAAGAUCUUGACGGGGGAUCCAGUGAUGGUAACGAUGAUUCAGGCGAAAUCGAAGAUAUGUCUAAGAAGAUGGAAGCGGAAUUACGGCAAGCCGGGUUUUUUGAUCAAUUCAACUCCAGGAAGGCUGCCAAGGGGAAAGCUCCUAUAAAGGGCAAUGAGGAUAGUAGCGUCCAUCAAGAUGAGAGUGAUGAUGAGGAUGAUCUUGACGAGAACGAAAUCGACAUCAACCUGGCAAGGAAUCUACUCGAGAGUCUUGGAAGUCAGGGUGGCUCGUCUGGCCCUGGAAGCAAUAUGUUGGGUAUGAUGGGGAUGAAAAUACCCAAAGGCGACCGGAAAUGA